AUGCUUGUUUCUUUCUGUCUUCCCAAUGACAAGGACGACAACCCGCCACGUCAGUUGACCCACUUCCAGUACACGGCCUGGCCGGAAGACGGGUCUGACCCGUGUAUGUGGAGUAUGGUUGACUUUGAACAUAAGGUCUUUUUCAACACUCUGGAAACUGUCACACUGGUGCAUUCUGGGAUGGACACAACGAGAAGCUCCGUGUUUAUAGCUCUACACGAUUUGAUCCGUCAAGCCAAGCUGAACCAAGCCGUGGACUUUGUCGACACGGUGUCUAGACUCCGACAAGACAUGCCCAACACGGUUCAAACCUAUGAGCAGUACAUGUAUCUGCACCACGCCGCGCAGGCUGGCAUCGCCUGUACAGGCAGCUACACACACAUCAGCGCCAUCUUUCUCAAAGUACAUCUCAUGGGGAACGUUGUCAACGGGAAAAAUAAUUUUGAAAAUGAAUUCAAUAAUCUGUUUAGUUUUGAGACACAACUUACUGGUGAUGUAGGGGACGUUACCCAAGAUCCAAAAAGUAAAAAUAGAUUCUUCAUUAUACCAGACAAAAAGUAUCAACCUCUUUUACGAGUGGAUUCCCCCGGAGAAGAGGGCUAUAUCAAUGCUGUCACAUUACCUAGCCUGUACACCCAGACCAAACAGUUUCUGACCCAGCUGCCCAUGCCCACUACUGUCAAUGAUUUCUGGAGACUGGUCACACAGUAUAACGUCUCCUUGAUUGUUGCUUUUAAAUCCUAUGAAAAGGACACGGCCUUAGCUAUCUACUUACCUGAAGAACAAGGCCAGCCGUUACAAUGUGGGAACAUAGCUGUCAAUGUCGAGUCAGUAACAACAGCACCAACAUGGACAGAAAUGAAGCUCAGCGUUAAGUUUUUUACAAUGUAA